UCUCUAGGCAGUUAUUAGAAUCUCGUUUGUCUAGAUGAAGGCAAGAGUAGAGAGAGUUAAACUGUUGGGUUGAUAUGAACUAAUGAAGAGCUCAAAUACGACGGAAUUUCCUCCUGAACUUGAACUUUUUGUAAAAUGUACACUUGGCGGUGCUUCCUCGCCAUCAUAUUUGUGUUCGUCUGGUACUUCUCAGAGUUUGGGCAGAUAUGGACACAAGCUUUCUUUUGUUUUUUAUGCCUUUUCAAUUUCCCUUUCAAAAAGCAAGACCGUGAACGAAGCACUCAGACGGAUGAUACGCUUGAGGAAACGAUUCAACAGGUAAAGAUAAGUCACAUAUUGGCCAGCGAUGAGACUGAUGAUGGAGCCGGACAAUCUGUGCCUCAGACAACACAAUGUCCAAAUGUGCACCGGUCACUCCUUCAAGUGUUUAAAAAUGCCUAUAUUCACCUGAUCCAGCCAUGGUACAAUGUCCCAGAACUUGGUGACAGUCAGCCCCUCCAUAGGGCACUACAGAAAGAGUUCACUCUGGUUGUGGAGAAAGUCAUUUGUAAGGCCAAAAACUUUGAUCUGUCUUCUACCAGUGUGGGUUGUAUUCGGAUCCUCACUCAACACCUGCACAGUGCAAAGCAGUCAGACAGGUCUUUAGCGUUCAGUUCAAGGUCUGAGGAAAUGGCAAUCCUCAGGACUUUCUCUGAAGCUCUGGUGCGAAACCUUUUCCCGGAGUACCUUUGGGAACCAAAACUCUACCAGUGUCUCCUGACUGAGAUUCUAGCAACUAAAGCACUUGAUGUGCUUGUGAAAUGCCUUUGUAAUCCAGACACCCUGAAUCACAUGAUCGUUUUGCAAAUGGACAGAGUAACUCCUAAAAGUUCAGUAGGAGACCUGCUAAACUCCGAUAGAGAAGGCACACCAUCCUCCACUGGAAGUGAAGAAGCAGAAGUAUUGACAGACGACGCUGAUGAUUGUAGGUCUGAAGACAUGAAAGAAAAAAAGAAGGCAGGUAACAAGAUCAAAGAACACUUCUCUAAACUUGUUGAUAAGGUCAAAGCAAAGAAAGCCAAAAAGAAAAAACUUAAGAAGAUGGAGCAAGAGCUUCUAUGUUUUAGGGCUAAAUCAGCACGCAGAUCUGCUGUCAUUGAAGGCGAUGGUGCAAUCAGCAGAGAUGGGUCUAUAGGAAGCCUCCUGGAUUCGGAUUAUGUAAGGAAAACCCCAGAAAAUAUAAACAAUGAAUUGAUUUAUGAAGUUCUUGGUGCAGUUGAGUCUCCCUGUGCUUUAUUUUUUAAGGACAGCGAUGCGGAUGUUUACCUUACAACUGUCCAAGAGGAUAUGAUGGAGUUUAAGCUUUCAUAUGAGAUGUGGCGUGUGGGGAAGUGGGCAGUCCGUGUUACAGAUGUUGAGAAGGAGGAUGAAGAGCUUUGUUUCACUGUUCACCUUGAAGAGAGCAGUAACCCUGAGAAUCUCCACUGGGAUGUGAAAAAGACCCAGUCAGAUAUACUUCAUUUUCAUAGCCUCUGGCAGGUGAGAGAGGAAAUGGAUACUUCCUCUUUACCUUCUGUAUCUGCAAUAGUUGAGAAAACAAAGAAGGAACUUGAUGGUGCAUAUGCAGAGGAAGUUAAAUUAGCAUUGGAGCACUUUUUACAGGUGUUGGUCUCUGACGAACAGCUCGGUCACACUCAGCCUGUAUUUCAGUUCUUGUGUCCGUUUGCACGGCUGCUGAAUGAUAAGGAACAUGAAGGAGGUGUCUGGACUCUUCUGAAUGGACUUGCAAGCUUCCUGACUCCUGGCCAUGAUGAAGAGGAGUCCCAUAACUCCAAAGGAGAGGAUAAGGCUGAUGAAGCAGGAGCCUCAGGAUUUCACACUGGACCGACAGCACAGCCAGCCUGCAUCGACACAGUUGAGGAGCCAAAGGGCAGCAUUACAGAGGGGCCACUGUCUACAAAGUUUUCAAUCCCUAAUGAAGAGAUUGACCCCUUCAGAAGUAGAGAACAAGAUAUGGACGACAACGAUGAUGAUCAGGAUGUGGUUUCUGAUGGACAGGACAGUCUUACAGAAAGCUUGGAUAGCUUUGUUAAUAGGUCAAAAUUAGUCAAUCCUACUGCAUAUUCCAAUGACAUCUCAAGCUCAGUCACAGGUUCUACUGAAGCCCUACAGAUUGACUCAGGCGAUGGCAUUAGAAGUGCUCAGUCUGGGAGUAAAACACACAAAAAAGAGAAGUUGGCUAGCAAAAAGUCAAAUGGACCCCAAAAGUUCAAAGUGAAAGAGAAAACUGGACAGCUCAAGGAAGAGACUGCAAAUCAGCCUCAAGCUCAGAAAAGGGAAUCCCACUGCAACUGGGAGCAGGUUGAAGCCACUAAAGCUGUAUUUGAUUUAUUCAAGGAAAUAACUGGUAAUUCUGUCCUCAUUAACAUUGUUGAUGCCAUUCUAAAACCAGUCCAGCCUUUGGUGAAGAAGAAAAUAAACAGCUUUUUAAAAAGGAUGCAUCCCACUGAAGCUCAGAUUGCAUCCUACAUCGACAGUUUCCGGGAGACGAUGUGGCCAGAGGGAAAUUUACCUCCUACCCAGCCACCGAGGGAAAGCGAGGAGAAAAACGAGACAAAGGAAAAGGCUUUGCAGCUUAUAAAUUCAAAAUAUUCAAACUCUCUGAUCCUCAAGAAGACAGAUGUGGAAACUGUGUUUAAGAUCUUUCAGGAAGCUGAGGAAAACAAGAAGCUGGUCUAUAUGCUGCUUUCAUACAUUUUAAAGCAGUUCCUGCCAGGAGAGCCUGCAUUCAGUGCAAUACCUCAUCUAACUGAAUCUAAAUCUAAAGAUUUUGUUUCAUAAUAGGUGUUUUUAUGUAUAUAUUUUAACAAUGGCAAUUGUUUUUAAAAUGUGCAUUAUUUAAUAUUUUAUAUAAAUAUUCUAUGUAAAAUGUAUUCUCACAUACCUCAGAGAGGUCAGCCUUUCACUUUACUGAGCAGCAUGAACAUAUUUUGUAUUUUGCAAUUAUGUAGCCUUUUUUAAACAAAUGUACUGUGAUUAUGUUCAGCAAUGUCACUAUCUUGGGUGUAUAUCUUAAACAUCUUUUUUUUUUAAUCACUAUAUAUUUAAGUUCACUUUUUGUUUUGUACCUUAAAAUUGUACACUGUGAAGAACUGUUUAUUCUAUAUAUUUUUUUAAACGGCACAGGUUAACUCAGGACAAAAAAAAGAUAAUGGGAUUAUUUUACUUACCAUGAUUUUACAAGACUGCAGUAUCAAUACAGGGUCUGUGAGGAAUGUAUUAGAAUAAUAACAUUACCAAUAAAUAUAUUUUACUACUAA